UUGUGUACAGCAGGGCAUAUACUUCUCUUGUCUUGGUCGGAUGCACAAAUCUGUGUGCAGUGCUUUUUGCCCGUUGCCUAGACGAUCACUUGGUUUCUCUGAGGAUGUCUGGUUCUCGUAAAGAGUUUGAUGUGAAGCAGAUUUUGAAAAUCAGAUGGAGGUGGUUUAGCCAUCAAGCAUCAUCUCCUAAUUCUACAGUUGACAGCCAGCAGGGAGAAUUUUGGAAUCGAGGACAGACCGGAGCAAACGGUGGGAGAAAGUUUUUAGAUCCAUGUAGCCUGCAAUUGCCUUUGGCUUCAAUUGGUUACCGAAGGUCCAGCCAACUGGAUUUUCAGAAUUCACCUUCUUGGCCAAUGGCAUCCACCUCUGAAGUCCCUGCGUUUGAGUUUACAGCAGAAGAUUGUGGCGGUGCACAUUGGCUGGAUAGACCAGAAGUGGAUGAUGGCACUAGUGAAGAAGAAAAUGAAUCUGAUUCCAGUUCAUGCAGAAUAUGGAAUUCUGAACUGUGGUGUUGGAAUAAUAACAAGUAUAGACCAGUCAUCUAUGCUCAUUUGUGUAAUGGAGAGAGGGGAAUAUCUUUACAUAGGACUUCCAAUAGCAGUCAGACGUUGUCAUCCUGCCAUACUAUGGAGCCAUGUUCAUCAGAUGAAUUCUUCCAAGCCCUUAAUCAUGCUGAACAAACAUUCAAAAAGAUGGAAAACUAUUUGAGACACAAACAGUUAUGUGAUGUAAUUUUAGUUGCUGGUGAUCGCAGAAUUCCAGCUCACAGAUUGGUGCUCUCCUCUGUCUCGGAUUAUUUUGCUGCCAUGUUUACUAGUGAUGUCAGGGAAGCAAGACAAGAAGAAAUAAAAAUGGAAGGUGUAGAACCGAAUUCCCUGUGGUCCUUGAUUCAGUAUGCAUAUACAGGCCGCCUGGAAUUAAAAGAAGAUAAUAUUGAGUGCCUGUUAUCUACAGCUUGCCUUCUUCAGCUUUCACAGGUUGUGGAAGCAUGCUGCAAGUUUUUAAUGAAACAGCUCCACCCAUCCAACUGUCUUGGAAUCCGUUCUUUUGCCGAUGCUCAAGGCUGUACAGAUUUGCAUAAAGUGGCUCACAAUUACACCAUGGAAAAUUUCAUGGAAGUAAUUCGAAACCAGGAAUUUGUAUUAUUACCAGCCAGUGAAAUUGCAAAGCUCUUAGCCAGUGAUGACAUGAACAUUCCUAAUGAGGAGACAAUAUUGAACGCACUUCUUACUUGGGUUCGUCAUGAUUUGGAUCAGAGACGGAAAGAUCUCAGUAAACUUUUGGCUUAUAUUAGGCUACCUCUUCUUGCACCACAGUUCCUAGCAGACAUGGAAAAUAAUGCACUUUUUCGAGAUGAUAUAGAAUGUCAGAAACUAAUUAUGGAAGCAAUGAAGUAUCACUUACUACCAGAGAGACGGCCCAUGUUACAGAGUCCUCGGACAAAACCUAGGAAGUCAACUGUUGGUACAUUAUUUGCAGUUGGUGGAAUGGAUUCAACAAAAGGAGCAACAAGCAUCGAAAAGUAUGACCUUCGUACAAAUAUGUGGACUCCUGUAGCAAAUAUGAACGGGCGGAGGCUGCAGUUCGGCGUCGCAGUGUUAGAUGAGAAACUGUACGUGGUUGGAGGAAGAGAUGGACUGAAGACUUUGAAUACUGUAGAAUGCUACAACCCUAAAACAAAAACUUGGAGUGUGAUGCCUCCUAUGUCUACACAUAGGCAUGGCCUUGGCGUGGCUGUCCUGGAAGGUCCUAUGUAUGCAGUAGGAGGACAUGAUGGUUGGAGCUAUCUGAAUACAGUGGAAAGGUGGGACCCUCAGGCUCGCCAGUGGAACUUUGUGGCUACUAUGUCCACCCCCAGGAGCACAGUUGGUGUGGCUGUACUAAGUGGAAAACUUUAUGCAGUUGGUGGUCGUGAUGGAAGUUCCUGUCUCAAGUCAGUAGAAUGUUUUGAUCCGCAUACUAAUAAGUGGACACUCUGUGCACAAAUGUCAAAAAGGAGAGGGGGAGUAGGAGUCACUACCUGGAAUGGAUUGCUGUAUGCCAUCGGAGGACACGACGCGCCUGCGUCCAACUUGACUUCCAGGCUGUCAGACUGCGUGGAGAGAUAUGAUCCUAAAACAGAUAUGUGGACUGCAGUAGCUUCUAUGAGCAUCAGCAGAGAUGCUGUGGGGGUCUGUUUACUUGGUGAUAAAUUAUAUGCUGUUGGAGGGUAUGAUGGACAGACUUACCUUAAUACAGUGGAGGCUUAUGAUCCCCAGACAAAUGAGUGGACCCAGGUUGCUCCACUGUGCCUCGGAAGAGCUGGAGCUUGCGUUGUGACUGUGAAACUAUAACAGCGCUUGUUUUUCUAAAUGAAGAUAUCCUCUUCCUUUAUGAAUUUAGUAUAAUUAUUCUACUAUCAAUGGAUAACGUUUUUAGUAAAUUUGCAACGCCACAUUCCUGGGCACAAAGUGCCUGAUCUCUAAAUGAAGAUGUUAAAACACGGGAGGAAAGAGCAGAAAAACCAGGAUUAAAAACUUUCACUUCUUAGGAAAUCAGAACUGCAUCUGGUGGAUUGUGAAUGUAUGUUCCUGAUAUAUAAAAUAUGAUGACAAUGUGCACUGCUCCUAACACAACCCAGGGUUAAUUGGGAAUUUCAUUUCUUUUAAUAAUCAAGCACAUUUUACUGAUACUAUUAUCCGUAUUUCUUUUAUUAUAGUGCAGAUACAUCUGAUAAAACUUCUAAUGUAUUGCUUUGUAACUUUAUCAUACAUGAGUUGUAGUAAUUUUUAUUCAUUUGUUUGCUUAACCACGACCACUAUUUUAACGAUAUACUAAAGACUAUGCAUUUAGUUCUUUUCAGGAAUAGCUGAAUUUUCUGUGCUUUGGUUGUGGACUUUUAUUUCUAAAAUUUCUAAGUGAAUCAAUUUAAUGAACAUUAAAGAGUUAGAGCAAUGACCAAAUAAAAGCUUGUUUUGAUUUUUGGGGUCUAUUUAAAUAUUCAUUCCAUCUAGAUUCAUCAAGAACUCCAUAUUAUGAUAUUCUUCCUUUGGAAUGAAACAAGGUGUUUUACAUUAAAUUCAAGAUAUGCAAAUUUUGUGGAGAAAAUAAAUGCUAUCUACCCUCUAAUGUUCUUUCACCUAAGUAGUAUUUAAUUAUAUGAAUUUGUUUUCUUUUAUAUUAUUAAAAAUGCUUCGAUUUUGUCUUUUUAUAUCGAAGAACUGUUUGGAUAUUCUUAUGUUCUCAAGUCUGUAUGUGCCUCUCCUGCCUUGUUUCUGAUCUUUUGCCAGAAUUAGUAAUCCUCUGUGCGUCUUUGUAGUCAAACAGUUUGGGGGGGAUGGGCUUAUUGAAUGUUUGGAAAAUGAGUUUAAAGUGUUUAUUACCCCAACUUUGUACAUUUGUAAACUCUUAAUUACACAUGUGAAUGUUAA